UUGCAGUUCAGCCUUUGGCCCCUAGAUGACCAACAAGAGAAGCUUUGCUGCAGAUCGACCCGGAGCAGCAAGUGUAGAUAGCUUGAAGCUAACGCUAGCUAUCAUAACAUUUUCAACCCUCAAUUGUAGCUUUAAUAAGUCAUUGGUUUGCUGGCUUGUUCAAGGCUGGCUUCACUGGCCAGACAUGCAGAAAUAUGAAAAGCUUGAAAAAAUCGGAGAGGGUACGUAUGGGACCGUUUUCAAGGCGAAAAACAGAGAAACCCACGAAAUUGUUGCUUUGAAAAGGGUCAGGUUGGACGACGACGAUGAGGGGGUGCCCAGUUCUGCCCUGAGAGAAAUCUGUCUUUUGAAGGAACUAAAGCAUAAAAACAUUGUCAGACUGCAUGAUGUUUUGCACAGUGACAAGAAGUUAACCUUGGUUUUUGAAUAUUGUGAUCAGGAUUUGAAGAAGUAUUUUGACAGCUGCAAUGGGGAUCUGGAUCCUGAAACUGUGAAGUCAUUCAUGUACCAGCUGUUGAAAGGUCUCGCUUUCUGUCACAGUCGAAAUGUUCUUCACAGAGAUCUGAAGCCGCAAAAUCUCCUCAUAAACAGAAAUGGGGAGUUGAAGUUGGCUGACUUUGGGUUGGCUAGAGCCUUUGGCAUUCCUGUGAGGUGUUACUCAGCUGAGGUGGUGACAUUGUGGUACCGGCCUCCAGAUGUGUUGUUUGGUGCUAAACUUUAUUCUACCUCAAUUGACAUGUGGUCGGCUGGAUGCAUAUUUGCAGAGCUGGCUAAUGCUGGAAGGCCUUUAUUCCCUGGGAACGAUGUGGACGACCAGUUGAAAAGAAUCUUCAGAUUAUUGGGUACACCAACUGAAGAACAGUGGCAGACAAUGACGAAACUGCCUGAUUACAAGCCAUAUCCCAUGUAUCCAGCCACCACCUCACUGGUAAAUGUGGUCCCCAAACUAAGUAGCACAGGACGGGAUCUACUCCAGAACCUGUUGAAAUGUAAUCCUGUCCAGAGGAUCUCUGCAGAGGAGGCCUUGCAGCACCCUUACUUUGCCGAUUUCUGCCCACCCUAGAUGCUAAAUUGCCUCUUGCUGAACCUCAGCCGCCAGAAUCAAUCAUCCUUCACUCUGUCGGGUCAUUAGGACCGGUCCCAAUCAGGCAGAUCCCUCAGCGGUUUUCAAACACUCCCCUGCUUUAAUUCUGCUGUGCCUCUACGUGGAACAAAGUCCGAGUGGCUCUGCAAGGUUUUAGGUUCUUUUAGGCUGCAAGCCUGUUUAAUUUCGUACUUAUACGCCUCCCAGUUAAUUAGCACUAAUCUGGGAGGGUGUGUGGCAUUGACUAAAUUUUGUACCUUUCAAAACGAUUGUAAACAAGAAGCCCCUCAGAAUUAAUAGACAGGAAUUGACAGCAACAUUCUAAUAUUAUGGUUUAUAUUGCUAUUGAAAUGUGUUUUGCCUAUUUCCUUCCAUUACUCAAAGUUAUAACGUCUUCGGAGACGGUAGCCCAAUUGAUUCAGGAGUAUUGACUACCAUAUUGCUAUUUAAGAGUUAAUGAAAUGAGAUAAUGAAGCCAAUAAACUUUUUUUUUUCCCUUAAAUUUGGUUAUUAAAGGAUUAUGAUUGAGACAUAUUUGGACAAACUAUGUGAUGGUGACACUAUUUUAGAUUCUGUUGUGUUUGCCGUUACUUAUUAGCCACAGUAUACACAGGUACUGAUACAUCUGUGAGAAGUUAACAUCCAUGGAUAAAUUGGCUGUGGUGAUGCUACAGCGUCACUUAGGGGAACACCAAGCGAGUAAAGGCUCUUUUUGGGAUUUUAUGUUAUUUUCUACAACAUUUUAUUUUACAAGUCUGUAAUUUAAUAGUAUACAUAUAAAUAAAACUACUGUAUGUCAUUUGGUACUAAUUUAUAUCUUUGAAAGAACCCCCCCCCAGUUAAAUCUGAGUAAAUGUUGAUAAAUUAUUCCCUUAUUAUUGGAAACUUUAUUUUCACUAUAUUUACAUUAUUAUACAUUUUUUUGUGUGUUUGUAAAUAUAUUUCAGAUUUUUGGCCGAUUCAGUUGAUCAUUUGCACUCACUAAGAGACUCGAGGUUACAUGAGCCUUUAAUUAGAAAUGAUUAGUGUACCAGUUGAACACUGCCCAUGUUUUCCCUGUAAUCAGUACCCAAUCACAUACUUCUGUCCUGGAAACUUCCCAGGAAAUCGUUAAGCAAUUACAGACUUGUGAAUUAAAAAUUACCCUGUUUUUUUUUUUUUUGGACUUGUACUAAUAAUGUUUCAUGUACCAGCAAUACAGCGCUAUGUCCCACUGUCUAUGACAAGAUUGUAUAAUAGCAUGGGAAGCUAAUUUAUAAUUUCCCCAGAGUUUUGCUCCCCCUUUUGUAUUUGUCUUUUGUGCACUUUGUAACUGACAGUUUUAUUUGAAAUAUUUAGUUAUCGAUAUUAUUAAAUAUAUUGAACUCAGCCAGGAUUAUAACCGGUAUAAAUGUAUCUAUACACACACACACACACACACACACACUCAUGACUAGUGGACCAUUAGCAACACUUUUUUUUUUAAAGCUUUAUCAUUAUUGUACUAAUGUCUUUUAGUUUUUUUUGUUUUUUUUAAUGCUUUUGUAAUAGUUAAAUUCAAAAUGAAAAAAAAAAAAUCCACUGAUAAUCUGAAUUUUUCGAUUGUUUUGCACCAUUAGCUGUUUCCAUUUUGGUUACUUAUAUUAACAUGGUUAACGGCUCACAGUGUUAUUAUACUAGAGAUUGUUACAGUGCUUCUCAUCCUGUAAAAGCCUACAUAAUGACUUGUUAGAAAUAGCCUUGCCAAUAGGGACAGGAUUUUUCUUUGUGCUGAUGUAAGACAAUAAUGGAUGCAUGUAUUUAUUAAUGAUGGUAUGUCUGUCUUUUUUUUUUUUUUUUUGCAUUAAUUUGGUACCGAAACACUCCUUUUGAAUGAUUUAAUGAUACUUGGAUCUGAAACGUUUAGGAGGCUCUUUAUAGGAGUUAGUAUGUUUGAAGGUUGUGUGUGUGGAUUAAGUUAUAAUGAAAAAGAAACACAAAAGCUUUUGCUCUCAGUAUUUCAUUAUCUCGCGAUGACAGGACAUUUAAGACCAACUGCAGUAGAGUUAACUUUAUGCUGCUUCAACUUCAAUUUUGAAUGAAGAGUGGAUUUUGCAUUUUGCUAGUAUAUUUGCUUUUUACUGGUAGACCUUGGGACAGAUGCCACCAAUUCUUUGUGUAUAUUUCUGCCAAUAAGACAUAAAUACAUGUCUGCUUUUGAGAAUGUAAGUUCAUUCUCGACCUUGGAAGCAGAAGUUGACAAAACUGUCUCACCACGAGGUCCAUUUAGUAGCUGUUGUGGACUCUUUGAUCAUAUCACAGUUUAUCACAUAUCAUCUUUCUCGUCAGAUGAAGCCUGUUCAAAGUUUCUUGUUCAUGAUGUCUUAAAAAUUUACAUUAAAAGUUCACUUUCAACAAAA